AUGUCAGUGGUCACCGACAAGUUGAGCCCCGAAGACCUCCUAGAGGAAUCACAUCUGUCCGACCCGCUGGACUACCCACGAAAGCGAGCAUCCAUAGCUUGCGAGAUUUGUCGCAGUCGAAAAUCACGAUGCGAUGGCGCUCGGCCGAAGUGCAAGCUCUGCACCGAGCUGGGAGCGAACUGCGUCUAUAGAGAACCAACACUCAAAAUCGACGCCGGCGACAAACUCAUCCUCGACCGACUGUCGCAGAUUGAAACCAUUCUUCAGCAACGACUGGUUUACACGCCAACGGCGACUCCAUCCCCACAUGCGGCGGUCGGCCAGGCAUCACCGGUCAUCUUCUCAGAAGAAAUGCAGGCACGGCUCGCUCAUGCGAACCUGAUCAAUGGCGCGCGUGUCUUCGUAACCAAUACGCCGAACCCCGUAACAAAUGUUUCCGCCAUGCCAAAGUCACAUUCUACGCCGGCACUGCACCUGCUAGAUUGGCCUGUAAUCAAAGACCUCGCUUCGAAGUCAAGUGAUCCGCAGGUCUUGAUGCAACUCGAAAUGGCUCGAACGCCCCUCGACCUCAUACCACAGACUUCCAUUCACGCACUCAGACAAGACCUUCAUCUAUACUCACGCAGCUUCUUUGACGGAGUCAACAACUGGUACGCGAUCGUCAAUCCAAAUAAUUGGCACGAAUGCCUCAGAGCGGCAGACAAACUCGAGUUCAAGGAUGGUACUGAAAGCUGCAUGGUACUAUUGGUGGGCGCUCUGGGCGCCGCGGCUCAUUCAGGCAGCAUCUCAUACGUCCAGAGGUCAAACCGGCCUCCUGGACUGGAGUACUUCUGUCACGCUUACUCGAUUCUGCCCAAGCUCACCCUACGGAAUAAUGUGUCGAGCGUGCAAUGUCAUAUCCUCGCGGCAGCUUAUUUGCUGUAUCUUGUCCGACCAUUGGAAGCAUGGAACCUCCUCUGCCAGGCCUCAGUCAAGCUUCAGCUCCUUUUGGCACAUCCCAAUGUCAUACAAUCCGAUGUGGGAGAGCUUAUUGAACGCGUCUACUGGAAUACGCUGUUGAUCGAAUCAGACCUAUUGGCAGAACUCGAUCUACCACAUUCGGGAAUCGUACAUUUUGAGGACAAUAUGAGUCUACCAAAGGUCUUUCCCUUUGAUGCCACCGAUAACGCAGAAAGACAAGGAAAAGAUGACCUGUGGUAUUUCUCUGCAGAAAUCAAUCUUCGAAGGCUUCUCAACCGAGUAUCACACACGAUCUAUGCCGAUGCUUUCAAGCCGGAGCGCAGUCGGCCCGAUGACUUUCUCAACCUCGUGGGACCCACUGCAAACGAACUCGACAGCCAACUGGAUCAAUGGUAUGAGUCUUUACCCGCCGGUCUAAAGUUCACACGAGACCGUGCCGCAGCACGUGAUGAUACUCAGACAGUCCUACGCCUCCGCUACUUCGCAUGCCGCACCAUCAUAUUUCGCCCCUACGUGAGAGUGGUCUUGGCGGAUAGGUGGAUGGCCAACAAAGAAGAUGUAUUAGACGCGUGUCGCAUAUGCCUUGAUGCUUGCAUCCGACAGAUUGAAGACAUUCCAGCACAUCACGCUGGACACCUGCCCUACCUGUGGCAAGGUGUGUUAUCGAUCACCAGCCAGACACUGCUGCUUAUGGGUGCAACACUUUCCAGGCCGCUCAGGAAGCUGUUGCCUCCGCAGAAGCAGGUCGACGCUAUGAUACAAGGCGUCAUACUCGAAGUCGAGCGAUUGUCGCACCUGGCGCCCAGUUUGCAACGCUGCGCGGAGAUCCUUCGCGAAGCUGAGGAUCGGCGAAUCGAGCAGCUGAGGACAUCCUAG